GAGGUCCGCGCCGCCGCGGCUUGAGUGCUUACUUGGAGUUCUGCGCGUCAACAUGGGAGCUUUACAAGUGAUUUUAUGCGUGGCCUGCACGUUUUUCAUUUCCCAAGCGGAUGGACGAAAAAGAUACAGCGAUAUGUUUGCUCAUAAGCAUUCGGUAAAGUUUCCUCCGAUUCCCGGGUGGUUUCCGGACAGCAACCCCUGGGACGACGACCUGUACCCGCCUUUCACACCGCACGACCUCACGCGACGGAGAGGCAAGCCGGUGGGCGCGCACCUGACCAGCGACAGCCCCGCCAUGCAGGGCUCGUGCGUCACCUUCACCGCGGCGCUCGAGUUCCCCAAGUGCCAGCGCGAGAACGCCAACGGCGACCUGGUGUACGACGAGCACUGCGAAGACGCAAACGGCCAGGUACGCUCAGGGUAUGUCUACAACUGGACCUCCUGGCUGGAUGACUACGGCUUUGGGAGGUGUGCUGACCCAUCCCGCUGCAACGUCUUCCCAGACGGAACACCUUUUCCCCAGAGCAACGAUUGGAGACGCAAGGGCUAUGUCUAUGUGUGGCACACCAUGGGUCAGUACUUCCAGACGUGUGGUGGCUCCUCCUCCAGCCUCACCCUCAACACCACCAACAUGACUCUGGGAGCAGGAAUGAUGGAGGUCAUGGUGUACCGCACCCGAGAACGCAGGAAGUACAGUCCCACUGCCUCUGACAACGGCGUCUUCUUCGUCACAGAUAAGAUCCCGCUGGCCGUGAACAUCUCCCAGAAGAUGGCUCAGAACUUGUCAGAGAACGUUUUUGUGAGGGGUGCAGACGUGGUCUUCCAGGUGCUGUUGCACGACCCCAGUAACUACCUGAAGACCGCCGCCGCUGUGGACUACAUCUGGGACUUCAGAGACGGCAACCAGCUGGUCACCCAUAGCAACGUGGCGACUCACGCCUACAGUAGGCUCGGAAAUGUGACUGUUAAGCUGAUGGUGGAGGCAGCCUUCCGUGUGGCCUGCCCCCCACCCACCCCCACGCCCAUGAGCUUCACCUCCCCUCGUACCACAGCUGCCCCAACGGCUCCCCCUGAAACGCACGCUGUCACGAGCAGGGCAGAGACCACACCUGGCGCAACAACCCCAAGGCUCCCCAGAACAACCGCUGCCGUGACACCUGCCGGUUCCACUGCUGCUGCUGCCGUGACGACGGGGUUCCCCACGACCGAGCCCCUGCCCCCCACCACGGAUGCAGAGGUGACCCCCGGAUUCAACGCGAGCUCCACCCCCUGGGUGACCCCCAGCGGGCCCCCCGUCACCAUCCCGCCCAUGAAGGUCCGCCGCCAGUUCAGCGAGACUGAGUGCUUCCGCUACCUAUACGGAAACUUCGAGAAGGAGAUCCUCAUCGUGGAGGGGAAGAUCUCCGUGCAGAGUGUGCAGGCCCAUAAGAUCGUAGAGGUGUCUGCUGCCAAGGUGACCACCACCACAGUCAACUUCCUGGUGAAGUGUCUGGGCAGCACCCCCACCUCGGCCUGCACCAUCAUCUCCGACGCCCCCUGCAGGCAGGUGAAGAACAUCGUCUGUGAUGACGUGCCUCCGUCCGCGGAGUGCGAGGUGACGCUGAGGCGCACCUUCCAGCAGCCGGGCACCUACUGCGUCAACAUCACCCUGGAGGGCGUCACCAGCCUGGCCCUGGCCAGCACACACGUCACCAUCGGGGCCGGAGAGAAGGGGCCUUCCGCUCCGCACACCGUCGAGGUCGUGCUGAGUGCCACCGCCAUCCUGGUGGCCAUCUUCGCCUUCAUCGCCUUCAUGGUGUACAAGCGCUAUAAGGUGUACCAGCCCGUCAGGCGGUCGGCGGUGGAGUCGCCCGCCGAAGGAGGGACGCGCGUGCGUUUCGGGAAACUGAGGAGCUCGCUCUUCCCUGCCAACGAGGAGAGGAGCCGCCUGCUGAACGACAGACCCCCCCUGUAGGGGUCCCCCCCCACGCCCCCCCAACAACACCACGUCCCUGUCAACC